CAAUUCGCAUACAAUAAUUAGUUCAGUCCAGUCUAGUUUCAACACUGUUUUUUGCCCGAAUUCUAUCGUAUCGUUUUCUUUAAAUUGCAACAUGAAAUGUAACAAAAUCGACACUUUUCGCUGUUUAUCUAAAAUUGGUGCAUUAUUAAAUCGACACAGUGCUCCCAAUUUUGGGAUCUUUUAGUAUGACGUCAAAUAUACUAGAAAAUUCAGAAUGUCAGGAAAAGUUGAUAACUAUAAAAAGCAGUUAUUACCAGUUAUACCCAGAAAUCAGAAAUGCUAAAGCAGGAUGAUGGUGCACAUUUUGGGAUAAUCAAUAUGUCAUCGUCAUACUUAUAAGCGACUGGCUCUUUUCAGAAAUUAAUCAACAAUUCCGAUACGAAAUUUUCAAAUCCAGGCUUAGUUUCUCUCGCCAGAGAUACGAUGAUAUUUUCUGAAAUUCUUCCCAAAAUUUUGGGGCUCCUGAUUGUAUUUUUGAGUAUUGCUUAUUUGUACUUUAAGUUUAUUUUGUAUUCAUAUUGGAAGAGAAAAAAUGUGCCCUUUGAAGAACCAUGUGUACCCUUUGGAUCGAUUGGAAAAAUAAUUCAAGGAAAAGACAAUCUUGGCAAUACAUUUUGUGAACUUUACAAGAAAUUUGAAGGUUGUCGAUUUUUUGGGGCCUAUACUUUUCAUAAACCAGUAUUAGUUAUCAGAGAUCCGGAAUUGGCACACUGUGUCUUGACUAGGAAUUUUACUGAAUUCCAUGAUCGUGGAGUUUAUUAUGAUGCAAAAUUGGAUCCCAUCACUGCACAUCUUUUCUUUUUACCCGGUGAAAAAUGGAAACUCAUGAGAGGGAAACUUUCACCCGUUUUCACACCAGGAAAAAUGAAGCAAUUUUUUUCAUUCAUACAAGAUUCUGCAGAAAAAUCGUCCAAGACUUUAGAAGAAUUUGCAAAGCAGUCGAAGAUUGUUGACGUUAAAGGAUUUUCAUCAAGAUUUACAACGAAGAUAAUAACUUCUGUCGUUUUUGGAAUAGAAAGUGAUCCUAUCGAAAAUCCAGAUGAAGAGAUUCAUGCUUGGGGCAGCAAAAUUUUUUCAUCCGAAACCUUGCGAAGAAAUCUCGGAUUUUUUGCCCCGUCGAUACUUUCUUCUUUCGGAAUCAGUUUCACCGAAAAAAGCGUAUCAAAUUUUUUUGAAAAACUCUUUCGAGAAGCUGUUGAGUUCAGAGAUAAACACAAUAUUACUAGAGGAGAUUUAUUGGAUUUAUUAAGACAACUGACAGAGGAAUCUCAUAAUCCUGAUAAAAAAGACUCUCUUGAAAAGACUGGUCCUGCUCUUGCCUUCGGUUUCUUCUCUGCGGGUUUUGAAACUACUCUUUCUGCAAUCACACACUGUCUCUAUGAAUUGGCGAUAAAUGAAGAAAUUCAGGAAAGAACAAGAGAAGACAUCGAUAAGAAUUUAGAAAGGAAUGAUGGAAACCUUGAUUACGAUGUUUUGCAAGAUAUGAGUUAUCUUAAUAAAGUUGCAAAUGAGGUUUUGAGAAAAUACCCAUCAGUCGCAAUUUUGAAUCGAACUUGUACCGAAGAAUUUAAAAUACCAAAUACUAAUAUUAAGGUUGAAAAAGGUACAGCUGUAAUAAUCCCAGUUUUGGGUAUACAUAUGGAUCCCAAGUAUUAUACAGAUCCUGAAAAAUUUGAUCCGGAACGUUUCAACAGGGAAAAUACAGCGAAUAGAAAACCUUAUACUUAUUUACCUUUCGGCGAUGGACCAAGAAUUUGCAUCGGUCAGAGAUUCGCAUUACUUCAGUUCAAAAUUGCUCUUGUUUACUUAAUUUCGAAAUAUCGCUUUUCUCUCUGUGAAGAAACAAAAAGGAAACUUUCUCAUAGUUCUGCAAACAUUGUGUACAUUUUAACUCAUCCCCUAAAUUUGAGAAUCGACAUGCGUUAAUAAAUUAAUUAUUCAUGAACCUCCAAAAAA